UGUUCUGGCCGGGCCAUGCCUGUACCCGUGACCCUUGCGACUCUCUUCUCUGCAUCUCUUACACAAGGGGCGCCAUGCACGCUGCUAUAGAACGCAACUCAUGGCGACUGCCCCCGGAGGACAUAGUUCAGGUGGCGGACCCCCGCUCCAAGAAGGCCCAGCCAGGCGCGGAGACGGAUGAGGACCUGGUGUACCCUGGGGCCACAGAGGGCCGGAACUGGUGGAGUGUGGUGUUAUCUCUGAUGGUCAUCUCGCUGGUUAUCGCCGGGAUCCUGACUGCCAUACACACGCUGGGCUACGUGGACGAGCUUCUGUACUGGUCAGGUCGACGCAUGACUCUGGACGAGUAUCUGCAAGGAGAGCUGUGUCCUGCACGUCUUCCUCCGACCUGGGUGUCCCACAGGCACUUCGUGUUCCAGGGGGACGAUGGGGGGCUCAGUGUGUAUGACGCCCGCACCGACCUUGUCACCACCCUCGUCUCCAACCACACCCUCAGGCAGCUGAACGUGAAAUGGUUCCAGUGCUCCAGCGACCUCAAGUACAUCCUGCUUAGACACAACAUUAAGCAGGUCUUUAAGAAUUCUUUCAUCGCCCAUUACACAAUCUACGAUGUGGAUAAGGACCAUCACAUCCCUGUGCGGCUCAGCGACUCGCCCAAGGUGUCCCAGACGUGGCUGCAGGUGGCGCGGUGGUGCGGCAACACCACGAGACUUGUGCUGGUCGCCGACAACGACAUCUACGUCCGCUACUCACCGGUCAGCAACACAGACUUCCGCAUCACAGCCACCGGUCAGCCCAGCCUCCUCUACAAUGGCGUCCCGGACUGGCUGUAUCAAGAGGACGUGCUGACGCCUCCCUAUGAGGCAUUGUGGUGCUCCCCAGACGGCUCCCAUCUACUCUUCACUUCCUUCAACGACUCAGAAGUCCGCACCUUCAGCCACCCAUGGUUCAGCCUCUCCGACGGCGUCCCGGCGGAACCCGGCGUCAGCUUCCCGGCGUCGAGGAGCGUCCGGUACCCAACACCUGGUUCACCCAACCCAAUUGUCAAACUUUGGCUUGCUGACUUGAACAACACCAAACGACCCUACAAGCCAGUCCUACCUCCGGAAGUGUUGGAAGACCAGGACUACUACCUGACGUCUGCAGGGUGGAUAGACGAUGAUAACCAGCAGGUGGCAGCAGUGUGGAUGAACCGCCCCCAAAACCUCACAGUCAUCAGCAGCUGUAGCGCUCCAACGUGGCUCUGCGUAGAGAAGCAUGCAGAGAGAGCCGAGGGUGCCUGGCUGGACGUGCAGCCGCAGCCGGUAUUCUCGCGGGACGGCAACAGUUUCCUGCUGCUAGCCGCCGUGCAAGAGGGCGCCAUCGACACGUUCACUCACAUCAAACACGUGACCUUGACUCAGCAGAGGAUAGCUGUCAUCAGUCACGGUCACUACGAGGUCACCGAGAUACUCGCUUGGGACUCCGUCAACCACCUUGUGUAUUACCUAGGCACCCACGACCAGAAAGUCGGCCAGAGACAUUUGUACGUUGUACAGGAUCCUGACACGGACACCCCCCUCCAUCUGGAGCCUCAGUGCCUCACAUGUGACCUGCAUCAGUACCUAGGUGCCCGAGCCAGAGCCACCUACGUUCAAUGUAACCACUUUAGCGCCUUUGUCAGCCACCUUUCUCCUGACGGGCCGGAUGGGAUGCGCCAUUACGUGCUGCUGUGUGAGGGUCCUGGUCUACCGCUGGCUGGGGUCCACAAUACCACUAACCAUAGGUUGCUCAGGACUCUGUUCAACAAGAACAAGCAGUGCGGGAAGAAGCUCAACGAGCUCGCUCUUCCCCAGAUGCGCACCAUGGAGGUGCCUUUACCUCAGGGCUACAGAGCUCAGGUGCAACUACUGCUGCCUCCCAGUUGGCGGGAAGAGCUUCGGGACGCUGCCUACCCCGUGCUCGUUGAAGUGAAUGGACGACCAGGCAGUCAGUCGGUGUCGGAGAUGUACGAUCUCAGCUGGGGCACUUAUAUGUCCAGCAAGAACGAGGUGGUGUACGUGAAGUUGGACGUACGAGGGUCAAGAGGUCACGGCAGCCGUACACUCUACCGGCGUCUGGGCGGGGUUGAAGUGCAGGAUCAGAUACAUGUUCUCAGGUUCCUGUUACGAGAGUUCAAGUACCUGGAUCCGACCAGAAUAGCUCUGUGGGGUUGGGGAUAUGGAGGCUACGUCGCGACUAUGGUUCUGGGCUCUCAGCAGAAAAUAUUCAAGUGUGGAAUCGCUGUUUCACCAAUAGCAGACUGGCAGUACUACAAUUCUGCAUUCACGGAGAGAAUAAUGGGCUAUCCAAACGAGAACGUGAAGAUGUACGUUGAAGCAGACGCGACACAACGAUCGAAGCACAUCCCGAGCCACAGUCUCUACCUGAUACACGGCCUUGCUGAUAUCACGGUGCCUUAUCAGCAUGGGGUCACGCUGGCCCACGCGCUGGCUAAGGAAGGCAUUAUAUAUAGAUACCAGAGUUACGCAGACGAGGGCCACGAGCUGCUGGGAGUGUUACCGCACGCUUAUGGCUCCAUGGAAGACUACCUGCGCAAGUGCCUUACCCUGGACUCCGAUGAGAAGCAGCAGUUAUAGUUCUGUCACGUGGUUCCGCGUGCCGUAGCUCUCCACCUUUUGCUAAAACUGACAGUAGAGGUUGUAAAUCUACUCUAACACUAUUUUUGUAUCACUUGGAAAAUUGCUAAUUGCAACUUUGCAAAUCAGUUCCUAAAGGCACACAAUUGCAUAGGUGUGAAAAGACAUUCGAGUAAAGUAAGGGUUGUUACUGAAAGGAUUUCACUGGUGAUUUAUUUGCUAUCGAUACGUCAAAGUUUUAUUUCGAUUUUCAAAACUUGUAUCUGGCUGAAUUUGAUGACCUCUAAGAUGUAUUACAAAAUGCAUUUUGUACAGGUUCUUGAAUGAAAUGAAACGUUUCUUUAUUUGAGCCGAGGUAUUAGGGCCUCUUAGCCCUUUCUUACAUUUAACCUAAUAUAUAAAGUAGAACAAAAUAUUCUUUUUUUAAAUAAUAAUAAAACUAAAUAUUUUGCUGUAAACAUUUUCAGUAUGAACAACAAGAAGGACAACUUUAUUGAAGAAUAUAAGCUAACGAAAAAAUAUAAUAAUAAAAAGAGGUAUAUAAACAUAUUUAUAAACACAUAACCAAAAUAAUAAUAUAUACUUGUAUAUAAUGAAUAUUAGAAACGCACUAUCCUCACACACACUGCUCAUGCCAGUGCAACCGCAGCGAAGAGACCUAUACCGACCCCGCCCUAACCAUCCGCCCCAGAUAGUGCUCCCUUAGCGACGCCACGAAUGUACAUAGUUAUUUAAUUUUCCUCUACAAAAUUAGAGCUUGGUAACUAUCUAGUUUAUUUUUGUUAAAGUCAAAUCUUUUAAUGAAAUGCAAGUCGAUAAAAUAAAAAUAUUCAAUCAAAGAUUAUGGUCUGUAAUUUGUGAAUCAAUCUUUCGUAACAUAAAAAUAUAUCAUUGCUCAAUCAAAAGUAAACCUUGUACAUAAGAGCGUAUGUUAUUCGCCUUUUCUUUUUUAUAUACAACAAUACAAUCGAGCGGAGAUUUUAAAAAGUUUUUUACUUGUAUACGUCUAAAAAUAAUACUGCUGUCACUGACAAAACAUACCCUAUUGUAGAUUGUAGACUAUUGUGAUGACAGGAAGCAAAAUCAAGAAAUACCAUAAUUCAUAUCAACUAAAACCUUUGACUUGAUUUUCGUUAUUAAAAAAGUUAGGAAAAAUUAUUUUCACCUUGUGCGUGGUUUAAAAAAAAUGGUAAUAAAGUCUAUUUCGGUAUUACCAACACAAUACAUGUAAUUUCCCCAUUCUUCCCUCCAAAAACACCACUAACGUUCUACACAAACUGUAAAUAUUGUUGAUGAGAGUUUGCCUUCAGUUGAUUUAAUAUCUGACAGUCCAAAAUUUGCUUAUUUCGAUACCCAUUGAUGUUGAUGAGGUAAACCUGGCUAUCUUUUCAAAAUCUUUCACGCUUGUGAAUAAGAUAAUAUUUUAAUGGAAUCUUCAUACAGUUUGUCUCAUAAAUACUGGGAAAAAAUUAGUUUUUCAUUACAUAUUUUACGUACGACUCAUUAGACGAGUAUUUUAAGAUAUUGCAAGGUUUGAACUAACAACCUUAUGAAUUUAACACUUCCGCAAUAAUGUGUUUAGUUAUUUUUAUAACUAUUUUCAAAAAACGUUGAUGUAACAGUCCAUCUAAUCAACAUGCUCCGAAAUCGCCAAAACACAAUAAGUUGACAUGGCAAAUACUUAUUACAGUUCGUUAAUUUUUUUAAGCAGCUGUUGUAUUUAAUAACAAAAUGGAACUAACACCUGAAUUUUGCCACUUUUGAGAAUGUUUUAAUAUUCUGGUAGUAUCGUAAAAGCUUGUUCCUAGCAGUAUAUUUGUUUUAAGUUCAUCAUUAACAAAGGAUGAUUUAAAACGAAAUAAAUAUUAUUUCCGAUUUCGGAUUUUUUCCAACGUUAUAUUUUAAAAUUGAAUAAGACUGCGCUUCGUGAACUGGGAUCUAUUUUCUUCCUCAGGUGUUGAAAUCUAAGAUUAAGCAUCUACAAAAGUGUGAAAAACAUAUAUAAAACAGAUGGCAACGUUACGUCUUAGAUUUAUAUGCCUGAAGAAGAGAACAGAUUUGAGUUUCGAAACGUAGUGGUCUAUUUUUGUAAGUCUAAACUUAUGUUAUCCUGUCAAUAUUUUCUUGAACCAGAUGGAUACAAAAUAAAAAUUAAUCAUAGAUUAAAGAUUCCACAUAACUUUGAACAUACUAAAACACAGUAUUAAUAUCGUAGCCUGUACUUUGUUGGUGUUUUGUUCUCAACUACAAAUAGUACUAAUAUAUAUCAAUGUUCUGGAUUUCUGCAGUUCGAACUCCCUGUAAAACUACAGGAAACUUAAACUGCUCUAUGUGCAAUGUAAUCACUCCUUACAUUCCUUUCCCUUUCUAUCUUGCUGGACUUAAAUAUAUUCUUUGAUAGAGUUGUCUUUCACUCUGGUAAUUUUUGAGAUUUUCGUUACUACUUUUUUUGUGGUGACGAAAAAAAUAAAGGGGGUUAAAUUAAUUUCCAUAUCUCAAUUAAAUAUUUUUGUUAUUUUUAUGAAACAUUCCGAAUAUUAUUAGUUAGUGACCAUUCAAUGCUUCUACUUUUUUAUUCGAUUUAUCUAACCGCCAAUUGAUUAUUUGUUUAAUGGGCACCAAAUUUAUUCCCGAGUUGGCCAAAAUAAACAAAGUUUCAGCGAAAUCUUAUUCACUUUUUGAAUUAAACAACAUCAAAACUUGUGGGUAGAUUUAAUUGUUUUAACGAAAUCUUAUGCACUUUUUGAAUUGAACAACACCAAAACUUCUGGGUGGAUUUAAUUAUUUCUAAAAAUGUUUUAUUAGCAUUAUUGGUCGAAAUUUAACUAGCAUGAUUAUUUAUCCAAAUAUAGUGUUUACGUUGUCAGAUCAUUUCAAUACGUAACAUUCUUGAAACCGUUCAACGGAUAUUUUCAAAGUGAUACAAGAUUUAGUUUAUUAUGUAAUGUUUUUGUUGCUGAAAAAAUUGCGGAUUUUAUCAAAAGGUGGAACCACGAAUACUUCACACCGUGCCAGUGAACUAGUCCAGUUGUUGAUUAUGCCCAAGGGCCCCUCAUUGUUACCCAAUUAGAUUUUAUACAAGCUUUGGUCUUUGUAUUUUAAUACUAACACUAUUCAUUUGUUCUAUGUGGAAGUGUAUUGUUAAUAAAAUAAUCGUGUUUUAUUCAACAAACUCAGAGAUUUUUCAUACAUUUUGUGACUUAAGCCUGAAUGAUGUUUUUAUAUACAGCACGAUUUGUAUUUUGUUCCAUCGUGUACAUGAAUUUAAAAGCAGCUUCAUUAGAAUUUAAACUGUAUAAAGGUCGUUGUAGAUGUAAAAUAAUGAGAAACCACCUGAGCAGAGCUUGCUUGGAGUGUAGGUUAAGUGAGUGGACAGUUCAUUGAAGGAGUGCAAUCAUUAAAUAUGUGAUAAUAGUGAUUUUGUAUGCCAUUUUACAGAUUUAGUUUAUCAAAAUGUCUGUAACACGUAUUACUGUGUGAUUUUACAGGAACUAAUACUGACACAAUUUUGCGAUUUUUAAACAUAACAAGAGUAAUGCAAUUGGUUAGAAUAGAAAAUGUUUUAUGCCUGCCUUUUUGAAAAUUGUAAAAACUUUUGGAUCAAUUCGGAGUUUAAAUUCCAAUUUUAACUCAAUAUUGCUUAUGUUCGUUAAAUUAAACAAAUUUUGUGACAACGGUUUGUAAAAAUGUAUUUUGUUUUAAUACAGUAUUUACUAUAACUAUUACCUUAUUAAGUAUUCAUAUUUUUUUUAUUAUUUUUAAGAAUUUUGAGACCCGAGUAUUAUUAUUUAUAUGGUUGAAUUUGCGCAAGGUAAUCUAUUUUGAAGAACAAAAUCAUUGUAACAUACAUGUAAAACACUUUAUAUUAAGCCUUGUACUAGUUUUAUUUGGUUUCGAUUUGCUAUGUUGUACAAGUAUAGUAAUACUAAUAAACAACAUUUUGGUUAAACUCACAUCUUUUUUAAUUACAUUCAUACGUACCGUUCAAAACACUAACACUUUUACAAAGCUUACGAUCAAAUAAGUUUUUUAUUCAGAAACAAACUGAGUAGAUUCUCGAUUGUAAAAUUUAAAUGAGGCUUACUAAAAACAUUAAUAACCGAAUUGGUUUUAUUGUGAUCUAAUUUUUUUUAGAUUUUUAAGAAAUUAUUUUAUAUUUUAAAAUCUUGAUUAACAAGGAAUAAAUUGUGCUAGAAAUAUAUCAAUAGAAAUUAUGUAACUCAAAUAUUAAAGCCCCAUGCAAACAACUCUCUCCCCUUCAAAUACAAUAUAUCAGUUAUAUUUUAAGAGUACUUCAUGUAUAUCAUACAAUUACAACAAAUUUAAUUGUGCAUUACAAUAAUUAAUCCGUUUUAAAGUUACGUAGUUAAAAUUACUAUUCUUGAAGUACCAUAUCAAGAUUGGGCAAUUCUCAAUGUUUGUGGUCAAAAUGAUUUUACAUUAGUACUGAUAUCGAAUAUUUUAAUAAGCACUAUCACUUGAAUGUUAUAGGAAUUAAAAAUUGCUACAGUAGAAAAAAGUACGAGGUUACGUUGAAACUCGGCAUUAUUUAUUGUCUUCAGGGGUGUAGCCAUAAGAAAGGGGUAGAAGAUACUUCAAAAUUUUAAAUUUACAUUUAUAAUUUAGUCGAUCAAUUUGCGAAAACUAUUUUCAAUUAAAAACUAAAUCCAGGAAUUCUACGGAUACUGAGUACUGACUGGAUAGUACCCAGACUCUUCAAUAGUCAGUGUGUGAAGUAUUUGUAUUGUUAUUAGUAUUGUAUGUACGUAUUGUACACGUUUUCCUACCCUCACGACAUCUGGCUACACUACUGACAGUCAGUAUAUAUCUGGCCAGUUGCUUUUUCCAACCAUUUAGGGUAUUCAUUAUAAUAAGAUAUUUAAAAUGUGUACAAGGUUGUUUAGUAGAAUGUACAUAUUACUUUUUAAGAGCCUAUAACAUGAGGUUAAGUAGUAAAAUUGUAAUACACGCUAUUGUUUUUAGCAAAAUAUUUAAUUAUUUGUAUUCUUGGAUGUUUCGUCCUAGACAAUAUAUAGAUUUUAAAUACAAAACAAUCAUGUUCGAUUGAAUCCGUCAUGGACAAAUCUACUAGAGCACUCUGGCGGCAUAUAGGUGGAGUUACUACCAAGCCAGUAUGGACGACACUAGCGCAGUCUUGGUUCAGCGACGUGAACUAACUCGGCUGAAUCCAAGAAAGUGAGUUUAACUCUACAGUGUCUUCUCUAUUUACGAAAUAUAUAUAUUCUUUAGGGCGUUACUGUCAGUAGUAUGUUAAUUAAUUUUCAAUCAUCAGCUAAUUUUAAAAAGUACUGUGCCUUUUUUCCUUUUGUAAUUGAAUUCUCUGGCUGUAAUACUGUAAAGAAGGGUUUGUUGUGUCGCUAUUGGCUAGCAAAUCGCCAAGCAAAUCCUUUCUGCUACAUAGUUCAUAAGACAAUCAACGAUAGCGAACUGGGCUUCAGCUUCAUAUUAUAUAAUCUCUUAGUGUAUUUUGCCAAAGAGAAUUAUUAGUAACAUGAGUGUAGCGAAUUAUGAAACGUAGAAUGCUGUACAUUAUUAAACCAGUUUAGGUUAUUUAUUGAUAUAACAAAUUACAACUUUUAAAAUAUGUAAUACUUAAAGAAAAUUUUACAAUUCAACUUAGAUUAUUGCAUUUAAUCUAACAACAGCUUGGUUUACAUUGCAACUUUGGGAUAAAGACAAUCAACCACCUUGUUAAUCAUGAUUUAUUUAUUUCUGAAACAGUUGCUAGUAAUAAGUUUUAGAGAAAAACAUCGAUAACAAGAUAUUUAUGUUUAUUUUAUAUGUGUAGUUAUUUUUAGCCAAAACGUUGCUGCUUAAAGAUACCGUUCUUAAACUGAGUUACAGCUGACAACUACUGUUAUAUCUCAGAAAAUUUUACAAAUCGUGUUAAAAAUUUAAAGAACGUUAAUUUUAACAAAGAUUGAACCUUCUCGAGGGGGGAUACGGUUAGAACAAAUUGUUACAUAAAAGGUACUAUAAAAUUGUUUCCAAAAGACUUGUUCCUAAGAUCUGGACAUGGGCCUUAAGUUAACAUUUCCAAAAACAUUUUUCAGAAGAUUAUGAUUUGUAAAAGAAGUCUCCAUCAUGCAUAUCCACUGCAAAAGUUUCAAACUUUAAAUUCUUACUUUUAUACUUAUUGGCUUUUAUGACGUAGUAAACCAAGCUAUAGAAAAGUCUGUUCCCUAUUUUUAAACUCUGACUUUGAUACUCUUUCACUACUAUGCUUUACGUAAUGUUUGAGAUUCUCUCGGCCGAAGGGUUAGCAGAUAGGCUAUGCAGAUGUGAGGGUGGCCUACUGUAGAAUCCAAUCAAACAGCUGUUUGUCCAAGUCAAUUAUGGUUGAGCUUCUUUAGCUUUCCUUACUUUUGGCACAAAAAGCUAUAAAAUGAGCUCUUGUUUUGGAAAUAUACCUGUACCUGGCUCUUCAUUUGUUGUAUCAGUACUAAGAAUUAUGUCCAUCCUUAUUCCUUUUUCUAUCCUGAUUACAUCAGGAAUAAGAUUAUUGGUUAAUAUAGAUAAAUAAAAGUGCGUUAACUUUCCACAUUGUGCAACACUACUGUCUUUCCUCCACCAGAGUGUGUCAGUGUCUAGACAAAUUUCACAUGAAUGUCUUUAAUCAGUGCUGAUCAAAAUUUAAUUUAAUUCUAUCAAAAUGUUCAGACCUUGAUGUCAGCUUACAGUCUUCAUCGAGUGACGAAGUUUGAUUGAGUGUGUUUAGAACUUCCUCAAAUGCUUGAUCAUAAAAUAUGAUGAGAUGAUCGAUUCAAUUUUUAUCUGAGAAUAUCUCAUAAUUCCAUCAAACUUUAUAUCUUCAACAAAAUACUCGUACAGUAUUUUCAUGGACGAUCUUUUAUUCCUUACAAUUACUUUAAUACAUCUUGUGUAACCACCGUCGGAGCCAAGAGCUCUCUUCCCUACUUUUACAUUAAAACUCCCAAAAUGUUAUGAGAAGUUUGACCAUGCUUAGAACUGUUCACAAAAGUGCUUCUGUGCAAAUGCAUUUUUAGACUUUCGAUAUACGAAUAAUCCAACGAUGCCAUCCUUACUCUAAGUUAACAUGACGUGCAAACUUUGCAAUCUUCUUUAUGCUUUUAUUUAAAUCAUUCAGAAGUAUCUCUUUGGUUGAUAAAGGUUCCUCACACAAUAGCAUAUUGGACAAAAUAUGAAACAGAUUGGUAUUUUGAUAAAAUUAGGUACAACUAUUUUGUCAUCACUGCUUCGAUGCAAAUUUAAUAUGUAUGAGGCGUUUCUUCGUGUCUAGAAAUUUUCACCACAAUUAAUAGCCUACUCUCAAUUAAUAUCAUAUUACUAACUAAAAUAUGCCAUGAGAAAUUAAAAAUAGGAAAGAGAUGGAGCUAAUUGAAGUAAUUGUGUUGUUAUCUUACAUUUUAGGGGCGUUAUUUAAUUCUUGAGAACAAACAUGUACGAUUUUUCGGAAGUCUGAAGUUCACGCUAAUGUCCUUAUGGGUAAAAUAUUCAGUACAAUGCACACCCUUACCUCAUUAUCAUUACGUACAUGUACAGUUUUUUGUUAAUUGCCUUUGUUAAUAAGGAGUUUUUUAUCGUACACUGUUCCUGGUAUAAAAGAAUUUUCAGACAUUAGACAAUUGAUAAAUGUUCUGAAACUCUCAGGAACGUACAAAUGUCUUAGGUAACUCUUAAAUGCACUGUUAUAAAUUCUACUCUCAUAAUUGCUUGUCGUGAUAAAAACUUAAGACAACGAAAGUGCUCUGAAUAAUAAUUUUUAUUAUCACUACCUUAUAUCAUGUCCCCUAAAUUUUGUCAUCCCUAAGGGGUGAAACAGUGAAUCUUUUGCAUAAGUAAUCUUCCGGAUUUAUUAAUUUAAACAUCUCAAUGGAAUUUUUUAAACAUACUGGACUUAGCAAAUUAAACCAACCCAUUAUCAUCAAAUAAUAAAUGUUCAUAUUAAAAAUUCAUUCACUAUGGCAAAACGUUUUAUCAAUUUUUUAUAGUUUUGACAAUCAUUAGACAGGUAGAUUGGUCAAUGGUAUUGUAUGAAUUGAAAUCCUUUUUUAGCUUAAAAAUUGAUUAAUUUGAUGGGUUUAAACUUAAAACAGUGAUAUUAGAAUUAUGCGGUGUACAGCAUGCACUCUAGCUAUUGUAUAUAUGUAUUUAAUUUAGUAUCGCCGCAGACAGGCACAAACCAGUGAGAAUGUUAGAGAUUAUAACAUAUAUUUAUAUUUUGAAUUUUCAAUGUUUUGUUUAUUUAUACUGUAGUAAUUUACACUCGGUGUGUAAUAAUUACUGGAUAUGUAACUCAGUACAGUAAAAAGUGUCAAUUUCUGUGCACUCCACUCCAAUAUACAGCUCUACAGAGAUAUACCAUCACCUGAAUUGUAUAAUCUGUGAAACUGUAGUUUGAGCAAAUCGGGAAUUGUUUCCGCCCUUGGUAGCUGAGUCUUUGACUUUAAAAGAGAAUAGACCUUUGCACCCAUUUUUUUCGCUAAAGCUAGUUCUGUUCGGCAGCGUGUAGAUAGCGCUAAAUACACUAUUUUUUCGUUUAGAUUUGUAAUCCAUUUUAAUCUUCCAGUAAUGGCCUCACAAAUAAGAUCUAAAAUGUUGGAUUUAUUUUAUUUUAUUACAGUUUGCUCGAUAUAACAAUCACUUUUAAUCUUAAUGUAAUACAUUUAUAACCGUUGUUUCCUUCGUUUGCCGCUAGAUAGAGCGCAAGUGAAGCGUUUUAGUAGUGGCCGGUUUUUAGCAUUGGGUGCAAUGUCUGCUCUUAGACCGUUCAUAAUCAAUGGUUGAGUGGUUCACGUCUCAGCUACCGGGGAUCCGGGUUCGAAUUCCGGUUUGGGUAAGGUAUUUUCACACUACAAAUAAAAUGACAAGUCAAUCCAGUAAUUAUUAUAUGCCGAUAUAACUGACAGGUAACAAAAGGUUAAAGUGUAUUGACAACAAUACAAUUUACAGGAAGUACCUCACAAAGGACUUCCUCAUCAUCCUAUCUUGAGCUUUUUUAUAAGAGUAUGCACUUAAUCACCAUCUGGCUGUUGCUUGAUGAAUAUAUAUACAAAGUUUGCCUUUAUAUUUUUGAGCUUAUAUUUUAUUAAAUGGAAAUGGAAUCCCUAUAAUGUUUAAUGAUCCACAAAUGUAAUGUUUGCCUGUUGUUUAUAUGUGUUGGUUUGUUCAAAAGUAGUUAUAUAAAACUGUUUGAUCUAAUAAAA